AUGAUGACGAUCCAUCGGAUCAACCGACCCUGGAUCUUAUUCACCUUGCUCUUCGUAUCGCUCUUACUCCUCUUCGCGCCAUUCACGAACCAUGGCUCAGGCAAUAGGGAGAGACUGAAAGGUGUCAUUGAGAGUGUCAGAGGAAAGGGGAAAGAAGCAGUGGUGCUGGAAGAUAGUGAGAGUCAUUGGGAUGAGGCUGAUAAGAUGAGAGAAUGGGAAUUCAACAGAGCGUUACAGUACGAAGGUACUGGAUCGAGGAUACAGGCAUUUAUAGAUAAAGCUCGUUCAGGUCAACCAUUCACUGUUUCCGUGAUAGGAGGAAGUGUAUCGAAAGGAAGAGGUCUAACACCACCACCAGACCACCCACGCCACCAGUCUCAUGAACGUCCACGUCAAGGAGAAGAGCAAGCUAAAAAUAAUGCCAAUAUCGACUUGACAGAAGUACCUUCGUCAGCCCCUCCGAAACAAACACAAAUGGGAGCUACGACGUUAUACUCCAAAGAAAAUUUACAUGUGAUGAUCUUCGAUUGGCUAAAUUCGACUUUCCCAAAUCCGGAGAAUAGGUUCGUUAACGGUGCUCAAGGUGGAGUAGGUGCUGGGUAUUUUGGUUGGUGUUUCAAGGAACAUAUACCGGAAGAUUCAGAUCUGAUAUUGGUCGAACAAGGUAUAAAUGAUCUGUUGGAUAUGGAAGUCAUAAGUUUUUAUGAACAUUUGUUGAGAGGUUUAUUGGAAUUACCUAAUAAACCCGCUGUGAUCAAUGUUGAAACGUUCACGACCCUUUUCCCCUCCCUUCUCUCCUCUUCGGCAUUCCAUCAAGGAGUUUUGAAUUUCUACGACGUACCGUCUAUAGCUAUUCGAGAUGUAAUCUUACCUCGAUUACUGGCUGAUCCAGAUAAGCAGAUGCCAAGAUGGUUUAGAACAGGAGAUGAUGUCACGCUGAAAGAUCCAAAGGCUAAAGAAUAUGGCGGUGUAGCCGUGGACGUCAUGCAUAUCUCAGCAAGAGGACACGCAUUAGCAGCUGGACUGGUAAUUAGAUAUCUCCAAGAUCAGAUAGAACGUUCAGCUCCGCCAUCUUACUUCAGGAAGGCUCUGAGUCGGUUCGCAUCGAGUUAUAUCAAGAAACCGCCUUUACGUAUACUGGAUGUUCCUUCGACCUCACUCACCGGCCAAUUCAACCCUUUCCAACGCGAUCCGAUGCAUGUUCCCGUAUGUCGCUCGGAAAACUCUCCAAGACUGCAUGGCAAAGUAUCCAGUGCGGAGGAUGAUGUUUCAGAAGGGUAUGGGCAGGGAUUACAGCUUGCUGAUGGAUCCCAUGGCUGGACACAGUGGUCUUGGGCAGAAAAACGAUAUUUGAUAUCGAGGGAACCUGGUUCCAUAGCGAUAUUCGACUUUAUCAUUUCCCCUCCGUCAAAAGAAGUUGAAGAAUCGAAAGAAUCGUUGUUGUUGGCUGAAUCUGAUCCGAUCGAACAAUCGCUCAUCGAGAACGGCAAUGAAGAAUUCGAAGUUGAAGCUGAAAAUGUCACUGAGAAUGAAAGCGAUAGUGUAGAAGAGUCAGAAGAGGAAAAAGGUAGAGGUAGAUUCAAACCUAUUGCAUUGAGCUCAAGACCCGGUGGUCCAUUCAACUUACAUGCAGAUGAACAUGAGCAAGCGUCCGGGUCGAACGCGAAAUCAAAAAGAAGAAGGUCACGUCGGCGUAAAUCUUCCUCAUCUACUUCCAACAAGAUAAUUGCGAAUGUGACCUCAGCGACUACAGUCGAAAGCGAGAUCUUAGAUUCGGACAAAGAAUCAAGGAGGUUCAUAUCGUCACCUAACAAGAGGCAGAAUAGGGGAUCAGGAGGAUCAAUCUUGAUAGGAUAUCAAAGAAGUGCGAAAUUGGGAUUGGGGAGUGUAUGGUGUUGGGUAGAUGAUGAUAGAAUACAAGGUACGCAGGUGGAUGGUUGGUGGAAAUUGGAUAAGAGAAAUAUGGGAAUGGUCAAGGAAAUUGCAUCAGGUUUACAACCUGGUAAACAUACUUUACAUUGCGAGUUGUUGAAAGAAACUUUAGAUCCUUCGGGUGGGAAUGAAUUUAGAUUGUUUGCUGUGAUGCAUGAUUAG